AUGUCGAACCGGCCGCUGAACGAUGAGGAGGUUAUCAACGAGAUGAACAAGAUGGUGGCCUUCAUCAGGCAGGAGGCUCAAGAAAAGGCGCGCGAGAUCAAAGUCAAGGCCGACGAGGAAUUCGCGAUCGAGAAGGCCAAGCUCGUGAAGCAAGAACAACAGGCCAUCGACGCACAAUACGAGAAGAAGCGCAAGGGUGCCGAGGUUGCACAGAAGAUCGCGCAGUCGAACCUGACGAACAAGUCACGGCUAAAGAUUUUGCACAAGCACGAGGAGCACGUCCAGGAUCUGUUCGCCACCGCUCGGGAAGAGCUCGUCAAGCUGUCUCAAGACAGCGGCCGCUAUCAACAAUUCCUCGAGGGCGUGAUCGUUCAGGGAUACCUCCAGCUGCUUGAGCCCGACGUUACAGUUAUCGCCAGGGAGAAGGAUAUCGAGACGGUGAAAACGGCUGCAUCAAAUGCGGCUGAGCAAUACAAGGAGAUCAGUGGAAGGGAGGUCAAGUUCGAGGUUGAGGGCGGUUUGGGGAACGAGAGUGCCGGUGGCGUCAAGCUUAUCUCUGGCACCCGGCGGAUCACGCUCGACAACACGCUCGAUGAGAGGCUCAGGCUCCUCGAAGAUCGCAUGCUCCCCGAGAUCAGAGCAGACCUCUUCGGCCCGAACCCGAACCGCAAGUUCUACACAUGA